AUGGCUUUUAUGAUAACAGAUUUAGGCAUCUUAAUAAAGAAGUACACGGAGAUAAAAAAUAUCAACAGUGUGUUUGAUAAAGCAGUUUCUCUAAUACAUGCUAUGAGAAGAGAGCAAUUACAACCAACCAAUCGACCUCUCGAUACAAUUGCAAGACAAUGUCUUCUCAUAGGGGAUAUUGAUAAAUAUAAUACUAGAACUGAUGAGUUACAAAGAAAUUUAAAUGUUUCGUAA